GUCUCCCCGGACACGGUGGGCUCGGGUGGUCCUGACCUGAAUCACAGGCUUGUCUGUCGGCCCCAGGCAGCCCUGCUCUGCUCUGUCCUCGCUGGAGGAAAAGACGGAGCUUUGGGGGGACUCAGGAGCAGCAGGGCUGUUUAUGGCUUGGGGACUCCAGCUACCUGGCCCUGAGCACCUGCCCCUCUGCUCCUGGGGCCUGCGGGAUGCCCUCCUGCUCCACAGCCCCACCUGCCCCCAGGCUCGUGAGUCUACUGGAGGUCUGGAGACAAGAGAGGUUCAGCUCUGAGCCCCCAACCCCCAGGGACUCCCAUACUCAGAGGAGCACACAGGGCUGGGGCAGGCUGGCAGGCAGAGUGUAUGUAUCUGAUUUUGUGCCAAGCAGCCACUACAGUGUCCACCACCACCACCACCACCACCACACCCACAGCUCCAGUCACCCCAGAAGAGGGCAAAUUCUCCUCGACUAAAACCAGUAACAGGGAAAUUGUCACAAAGAUCCUCCCCGUGGUGGCAGCCGUGCUGCUGCUGGUCCUGACGGCGGCCUCGCUCCUGGCCUGGAGGCUGGUGAGGCGGCAGAGGAAAGCUUCCGGGAUUUCCCCAGGGCAGACCCCAGAGAGCGAACUCUGCUCUGCCAACUUGGCCCAGCAUCGGAGGGGCACUGCCAGGAGGGAGGCCUCCUCCCAGGUGGAGGUGCAGGGUCCUUCUCAGAAGGAGGGCAUUACCUAUGCAGCCCUGUCUCUGGGUGCCCUGGAUCAGGAGCCCACCUACGGCAACAUAGAGCCAACCUACGGCAACACGGAGCAGCUCGUCACCCACAUUCCCUGCAGCAGCCAGGAGGAGCCCGUGGAAUACAGCACCAUCAGGAGGCACUGAGCUGGCUGAGCCCCUGCUGACCCCAGCCCGGCCCUGAGCUCGGCUGCCUCACCUGUUCUAACCCAGGACCUUUCGAGGGACCCAGGAGUGACCAAGGCCUUGCUAGUGGCCAGCAUCACCCCAGCUCUGGCUUGGGCUCAGGGCCUAGUCUGAGGGGUUUCUAGCCAUGAGACAGUGGUCUCCACUUCCUUUCCUUCCCACCCUCUUGGGAGGAGCUGGGGACCAGCUGUGGUCCUGCCCAGACUGUGAUAAUAACGACAGUGACAAUUAUAUCAUGAACCUGUAUUUAUUGCUGCGUCUGGGUGAUGUUCUCAAUAGUGUCCCCAGGAUAUCUGUGCCCCAACACCAAAACCUGUGAGCAUUGUCCAUCAGGUGUGGCAGGUGUGGUGAAGCCAAGGAUUUAGAGAUGGGGGACCACCCUGGAAGAUCCUGAGUGGCCCCCAGUACGCAUCCUAUAGAAGAGGGGCAGGAGGGUCGCAGGAGAAGAGGUGCCAAGGCGACUGAGCCAAAGUGACUGCGCUGAGGUUGGAGCCAAGCCGCUGGGAGCCCAGGAAUGCUGCAGGCGGGUACCCUGUGCCCCCAGAUGUCCAGCCCCGCUGAGACCUUGACUCCAGCCCAGGGAAACUGACUCCCUACUUCCGGCCUCCAGAUUGUAGUGAAUAAAUUUAUGUUGUUUUCAUGGAGCCACUCAACUUGCAGUGAU